AUGGACCAUUCGACCCUGGUCUUCGCGUCCGUCUUUCCAGUCCUCUCCUUCUCUCACAGCACGCCGACGCCGGUUGCGACACCGGAUCUGGGACACACAGCGCCAGGCACCUCGUUCGGGAGUCCAUAUGCUCUAAGAAACGCUGAGAGCCGAACACCAGCGCAAGCACAUGGGCAGGGCCAACACAGAGCAGUCAAGCGCAACAUAGCAUGGAGUUGCGCGACACGAUUUCUGAGUUUACCAAAGGAUGUCAAUUUUGCUCCCAGAAUACAAAAGAACAGAGAGAUUGAAGAAGCUCUGAGCUUCUUAUUGAAUGGAGAAGGCAAAAGCGACGACGGGAAGGAGGAGACUCUAGUUGAGUGGUAUACGAACGAAUGCAGACUACACUUUGCGAAUCAUGUCCGGCCAGGGCUAGAGAAUUUGUGGCGGGAUGAGAUUGAGUUCCAACGGGCCUGGGAUAUCCUCGAUGAAACACAGCGCAUUCUCGAGCAGGUGCAGAACGUGUAUCUCCAACCCUUCACCGAACAUCUGCUCCCUCUCAUACAGCAGAACGCCGGUAACACGACCCUUCGACCGAGUAGGCCUACACAGAUCGCCGACUCAGAUACCACAAGUGCAGCGGAUUGGAAGUUCCGUCGAGAUUUACAGGCUGUCUUUGCGCAUUGUCUGCCGCUACGACGGUACGGGAAGACGUUGAGCUAUGUUCUAUACGAUGCAGGAUGUCGAUUAUUUCGCAUAUACACCCGAAACGAUGGCAUGCAGCCGAGUACUACACCUGAAAAGACACAAGAGUUUAGGAAGCGAAUGACCAUGCUGCUACAAAGCCUGGAGCGCGUCGGGCUCGGUGGCGAUAGCGCACAGAAGGCUUUCGCGCAUGCGAUGAACAAGCUGCUCGACUCCUUCAUUACAAGCCACUACUUGAAGGUAGAUUGGUAUUCGAACAAGUCAAUUGUGCCACAGUUAAGAUUGUGGAUUCGUGAUGGCUUCUGUCCGCUUGUCGAGCUGGUACUGGAAUGUCUGCGGUGCGAGCAGAGUAGUAUUCUACCUACCGAACUGGGUUCAUGGCAAGAGAUGGCGCUGGGUAGGCUGGGGCGAGCAAGAGUCGAUAACUUGUUCGAUUUUGUCAUCAACUGGGACAAGAGUCUAGGUGCCAUUCUGGACAUCAAAGAGUAUCUACGGACUUCAAACGCGAAGCAGUAUCUUACUGCGAGCUUUUCCCAGCAGGUAUCGAGGCGGCUGUUACAUCCUGGAGCCACGACGACUUACAUACUGAACGUCUACAUAUCCAUUAUUCGCUCAUUUCAUGAGCUAGAACCUAAAGGCGUACUGCUCGAGCGUGUAGCUAGACCGAUCAGGCGGUACCUGAAGGAGCGAGAAGACACAGCGCGUAUCAUCAUAUCAAGUCUGCUGACUGAUCUGAGCGACGAGACGGGGAGUAAAUUCUCAUCGAACAGCGAGCUCUCGUACGAAAUUGCCUGUGAGAUGGGAAAGCCAUUCGCAAACUAUGGACAGGAUACUGAUGAGGAGCUCAACUGGAAUGAUAUGAACUGGCAGCCGCUACCGCAAGACGCAUCACCAGACUACAAGAAGUCGAAGGUUGAGGAUGUGAUAUGGUUCUUGUUAACACUUUGGGAGCGAGAGGACUUUAUCAACGAGCUGAAGAACAUUUACGGAGACCAUUUGCUCAGAUGCCAAGACCCCGAGUAUGAGAAGGAGAUCCGACUGUUGGAGCUCAUCAAAGUGCGUUUGGGUGACGAUAAGCUACAAGCUUGCGAAGUCAUGCUGCGAGACGUUCUGGAAUCGAAGCGUAUCAACGGUACUAUUCGCACAACAAUAAACCUACCAACUGCAACGUCGCUUGUCACACCAGAUCACCGUAGCAGAGAGCCUCAAACACCAGACGGCCGAAAUCCGCGGACACCCCAACCUCGCAGACCCACACGAUCGACUCGGAAUGUCACUCCUUCUGCCCCCAGCGCCACAACACCCACUGGUCCUACGCUCAAUGCACAGAUUCUAUCAUCAUUUUUCUGGCCCCAACUUCGCGACGACACGUUCCGUGUACCUGCACAAAUUGAUGCACUACAGAAGGAAUACGAGUCACGUUUCGAGCGUAUCAAGGGUAUGCGCAAGCUGCGGUGGAUGAAUGCCCUAGGAGAUGGCUCCAUAACCCUCACAUUCGAUGACCGCACUGAGGACUUUGACCAUCUCACACCCUGGCAAGUUAGUGUAAUUUACGCCUUCCAACCUCAACCCGACGAGGAAGCAAAACAUGCAGACAAAGGCGGCGAAGGUAUAACACGCAGCGUAUCCCAACUAGAAGAAAUGCUCGAAAUGGACGAAAGCCUUGUCCACCAGGCGCUCUCCUUCUGGGUUGGCAAAUCCGUCCUCCGCUUCCACGCCCCAUCCACCUACUCCAUUAUUGAGUCCCUCCCCAAACCCACAUCUAAAACCGGUGCUCACGACGCCCACGCAGCGGCUGCAGCAGAGGAAUUAGCUACCAUUCAAGCCAACGCCACGAAUAACACUGUCAAAUCCCAAAGCGAAAUGCUGGAAGAGAAGAAGGAUGUCUACACGGCUUUCAUACUGGGUAUGCUGACGAACCAGGGUAACAUGAAUGUGGGUCGCAUUGCCAUGAUGAUGCGAAUGAUGGUUCAAGGCGGAUUCCCAUUCGGACCCGAGGAAGUGAAAAAGCUGUUAGGCGACUUAGAAGUAGAUGGCAAGGUCGUCGGCAUGGGUGGUGAUGUCUGGAGCAUCAGGAAGUGA